UAAACUCAAACAAAUUCUAAUCAUGUCUGACACCACUGGAAAAACUAUCACCUGUAAAGCUGCCGUUGCUUGGGAAGCUGGUAAACCUUUAAGCAUUGAAGAUGUCGAGGUUGCUCCUCCAAAAGCCCAUGAAGUUCGUAUCAAAAUCCUCAAUACUGGAGUUUGUCACACUGACGCCUUCACUUUGAGUGGAGUCGAUCCUGAAGGAGAGUUCCCUGUGAUUUUGGGACACGAAGGUGCUGGGUUGGUGGAAAGUAUAGGAGAAGGUGUCACCAGUGUCAAGGUUGGAGACCAUGUGGUUGCUCUUUACACUCCCGAAUGUAAGGAAUGUAAGUUUUGUUUGAGCGGAAAGACCAACUUGUGUGGUAAAAUUAGAGCCACUCAAGGUAAAGGAGUGAUGCCAGAUGGUACUUCUCGGUUCACUUGUAAAGGGAAGUCGUUGUUGCACUUUAUGGGAUGUUCGACAUUUUCCCAGUACACGGUGGUGGCGGAUAUUUCGGUUGUUGCUGUCAAUCCAAAGGCUUCGUUUGAGAAGACCUGUUUGUUGGGAUGUGGUAUAACCACCGGAUACGGAGCUGCCACCAUUACUGGUGAUGUCCAAGAAGGUGAUAAUGUCGCGGUGUUUGGUGCUGGAUGUGUGGGGUUGUCAGUUGUACAAGGAGCAGCCCAAAGAAAGUGUGGUAAGAUCAUUGUGGUGGAUAUCAAUGAUAAGAAGGAAGAAUGGGCCAAGAAGUUUGGUGCUACCCAUUUCGUAAACUCUGCCACAUUACCUGAAGGUACCACCAUUGUGGAUAAGUUGAUUGAGUUGACCGAUGGUGGAUGUGAUUACACUUUUGACUGUACUGGUAAUGUUCAUGUCAUGAGAAAUGCUUUGGAAGCCUGUCAUAAAGGAUGGGGUACUUCUAUCAUUAUUGGGGUUGCUGCUGCUGGAAGGGAAAUUUCCACCAGACCAUUCCAAUUAGUGACUGGAAGAGUAUGGAAAGGUGCUGCUUUUGGAGGGGUUAAGGGAAGAAGUCAAUUGCCUGGAAUUGUUGAUGAUUACUUGGAAGGUAAAUUGAGAGUUGAUGAUUUCAUUACCCACAGACACUCAUUGGACAAAAUCAACACUGCUUUUGAAGACAUGCACAAUGGUGACUGUAUUCGUGCUGUGCUUGAGUUAUGAAGACUCGAACCUGGGCGUCAAGAAAGAAGUAGGCUUUAAUUGCAGUUGACGUGCUAGGCGGUACGACGAUGCAAGAGGUUGAUAAAUAGUUGGUACGGGUGGUGCCAUGAUUGGAGCUACCACGAUUGGAGCUGCCAUUUUAUGUAUAUUGAUUUAGAUUCAAUUUCAC